AUGGGGUAUAAAAAGUGGAUGUUUUCAGUUCUAUUAAUAUUUGCUGCAAUAAAGAAACUUCUUGCUGAAGACAAAGCUUGUGACUUCCCCAAUAUUGAAAAUGGAAGAAUUGCCAUAUAUUAUUAUAGUUUUAAAAAUUAUUAUUUUCCAAUGAAGAAAGGUGAAAAGCUCUCAUAUACCUGCUUGGCUGGGUAUUCAGCUGAAACUGGAAGUCAAAAUGGAAGGGUAAACUGCACCAAUGAAGGCUGGACACCAGUCCCCAAAUGUUAUAAGAAAUGUGUCCAACCUACUUUGGAUAAUGGUGUUUUUUCUGAUACAAAAUUGUCUUAUGACAUCUGGGAAAGCUUAAAAUAUAGUUGCCAUUCAGGCUACCAAACUCCAGAAGGCAAGAAGAAUGCAAGUAUACAGUGUCUUCAAGAUGGAUGGUCAGUUCAGCCACAGUGUAUGGAAGCCACUAAAGAACCUUUAGGGACUUGCUUGGCUCCAGAUCUGUUGUAUGGUCACUAUCAUACAGUUCAGAGAGUGUUCAGUGUGAAUGACAAGCUCAAAUACGAAUGCUUGGAUGGAUAUGUUACAGCCGGAGGAAACACAACAGAAGAAGUGCUAUGUCAGAUUCGAGGGUGGCCUCUUGUUCCCAAAUGUAGUAAAUUAGAGUGUUCAUCUCCAAAUCCUGUUGAACAUGGAAAAGUCUAUCCCAAGAAAAGCAGUUAUGAAGAAGGAGAUGUACUUCAGAUUAUCUGUUUGGAAGGUUAUACUUUAAAAGGAUCUGAGUUAAUUCAGUGUUAUUACUUUGGCUGGUAUCCAAACUUUCCAAUAUGUGAAGAAAGAAGAAACAAAUGCCCUCCCCCACCUCAGCCCCCAAAUACCAGAUUGUUAACCAAUUUAAGAAUGUACCGUCAGGGUGACAUGAUACAUUAUCAGUGUGAGCAUUCAUUCCAGCUUAAUGGAACUGGAGAAAUCCGAUGUGAGAAUGGGAAAUGGACUUCGCCUCCCAAAUGCAUAGAUAUGAGCAGGACAUUAACCACAGAAGAUUAUCGGACUGUAAAAACUGGUGGGAACUGCAAUCCCCCCCCUGUAGUUAAGAAUAGUAUUAUUGUUACUGAUGUUGUUCAGUUGGCAAGUUACAAUCCUGGAUCUUUAGUGGAAUAUGCAUGUCGUCCUUUACAUAUAAUGAAAGGAUCCAGUACAGUUCAUUGUAUCCAUGGAUCUUGGACUGAGCCACCAAUUUGUUUAGAGCCAUGUUUAGCUAGGGAAGAAAUUCCUGACAAUUACAACCUAGAAAUGAAAUGGAAGUUGGAAGAAGAAUGGUAUUUCAUGCAUGGUGAUUUUAUUGAAUUUGUAUGUAAACCAGGAUACGUUUUGCCACCCUUAGUUUCAGAAUCCAAAUUGCUGGUGCAAUGUAAUGAUGGACAAUUGAGAUACCCUCAGUGUAUUUCCAAAGGCUUAAAUACUAACUGUGGUCCUCCACCUUCCAUAGAAAAUGGGGUUGUUAUGAGCUCAUUAACAGAAAACUAUGAAGAUGGUUCAACAGUACAGUACAGUUGCAAUGAAUAUCAUGUUUUGCAAGGAUCCAUAACAGUCUUUUGUUCAAGGAACCAAUGGACUACUCCACCUGUUUGUAUAGAGCCAUGCACCUUGUCACAGAAAGAGAUGGCAAAAAAUAAUUUACUUUUGAGAUGGAGUUUUGACAAUCGACCUUAUUUUCUUCAUGGAGAAUUUGUUGAAUUUGUAUGCAAAGCUUAUCACACUGGACUUCUAUCAAAUUCACCCUCUGAUUUUAGAGCACAGUGUCAGAAUGGACAACUAUUGUAUCCACAAUGCGUUAAGAAUAAAGGGUAA